AUGAGUAAUUUAGCGGCAGCGCAUCUGUCGCUUCGCGGCUUUACACUCAUCACGUCUCGACCUACUCGACUCGUCGAUCUGUCUGGUCCACAAUAUCCGAUUCGCUCACAUGCUCCAAUAGUAGUUUCAGACGUUCAGCCAAGACAGCAGCGAGACGACGGCGCUCCAGCGAAGAUGUACGAAGACAUCAAACCAAACACGCUUGAGUUCUUCAACUCAAGAAGUCGAGUAAAACAUCUUGAUGCGGAGGAGAAAAUCGUCUUCUUAUUUGAUUACUCAACAGCACCCAGCAAACCUGCCCUAGACGGAACAAAUGGACCAUUGAUAUUUUCCAGUAAAGAAGUGAUCGAUUGGAGAGUGCUUCGUGAUUUGAAAAGAGCGAAUAAAUGGGGUGUAAUGCGACAUCCGAUGGUGCUGAAUUUUGUUAACGAACGCUUACUCGACUGUGCCUUCUUCUACACGCUUCAUGUCCUAGCUUUCGCCAUCUUUCUGCUGUUGUUGUCGUCGCACAUCUUUUCGCACACAACGGCUAAAGACAUCGCAGUGACGGCGUUUAUAGCUGUGUUUCUGUUCUUUAUGCUGCUGAAAGGCGCGAUCAAAGCGCGCAUCUCACAUUCGAUCUCGUUUUGGUUCAUUAUCGCUUACGCUUUCAAUAUUGCUACAUAUGCUGCCACUUUUCUCUAUGUUUGGCUACCGACCAUAUUCAGCUAUGAUGAUUAUCAUCAGGAACAAAAGCAAAUUGUGCUCUGGUUUUUGCCCAUUGUUGCAAUCAUCUCGGCUUGGGUGAACUUCCUGUACAUCUUGCGCAAAUCACCCUAUGGAAUUUAUAUCUUCAUGAUGUGCCGAAUUCUAAAAUCGUUCGGACAUAUUGCCACCAUCUGGAUUCCCACGUUGAUCGCGUUUUCGUUCGCGUUCCAUCUCAUCAUGAGGGAUUCGGGUACGGAACCGUGGGAAAGCUUCGACAAAGUCGAGAACGCUACGGUAUUACAAAAGCUCUUUGUGAUUUUACAGUCGGUAACGAAAACAUCUACAAUGAUGAUAGGAGAAGUGGAUGCGAAUGAUAUCUUAGGUACCAGGCAAUGGAUUCCAAGCAUACUUGUGCUAGUUUUCGAGAUCGUUACUGUCAUCCUGCUGAUGAACCUUAUGGUUUCGCUCGCAGUGGGAGACGUAAGCGAUCUACGAAACUCGGCACAGGACAAACUAUUGAAAAUCAAGGUAAACUUCGUCAUUGAAGCCCUUCAAUUGAGUGAGCAGUACACAAUGAAUGGAAUACCGUUCGAACCACUUCACAAGCGAAUAACCAACAAUGUACUGGUGAUUCACAGUGACGGUAGCUACUUCACCAGAUAUGACGUAUCGCUUCGUUUCGGUGGUGAGAGACACGAGCUGAUAACUGCACGAACUGUUCAUGGUGACAAAGACAGGGCAUACCAACUCUCAUUCCUCGAACCUGGCAUGCGCGUUCGGAUACAUCCUUUGAGAGGACGACCACAUUCGGUGUUUUUCAAUAGCUGCUCGAUGAAACUGAUUGAAACUGUUGACUCAGGGAUUCCCGAACUUGAACCCGAUCCGGACAAUUAUGAGGACUACGACACCUUUGCCCGACGCUAUGCCAAAUGGGUAAUCGGACUUGACUGGACGGGCUAUAUAGACAUAGGAAAGAAGCACCGCUUUGGGAAGCUGUUUUCCACAAACGACAUCAGCUGAACGGAAAAGACACAAAAACACGUGGCACCACACAGGAGUUUACAUAGCAUAGAUUAGACAGUUUUUCCCCUACAAUAGGAACCUCCCCUUAUACAUCACCUUAAAAAACAAAAUUCACUUACGCAAUUCUAGCCAGAAAUACGCUUACCUUCCCCAUUGUUAUCUCAUGGUUAUCUAUUCACUUAUAUCAUUGCAGAAGUGAUAAAGAUGAUAUUCCAAAAGAGUAGGUUUGGAGAACCUAUCGAAUCGUGUCGCGAUCAAACGCUUGUAAUUUUCGUACAGAGUAUCACAGCGAAU